AUGAGUGUCUUUACUCUUUACUGUGUGUAUACGGUUUCUCCUGCCAGGGAACUUACCAAGCGUUUGAAUCUUUUUACCGCUCCCAUCGAUAGUGUAUGCGAGGAAGCGUUGGUCGCGCGUUAUCUAAUGCCUCAUGGGCUUGGCCAUAUGUUGGGAUUGGAUGUACAUGAUGUUGCCGGAUACGAGCCAGGUCACUUUAAAGAUAAGGACGACGUUUCUCUCACGGGGUUGAGGUUGGGGAGGGUCGUUAAGGAGGGUUAUGUGCUGACUGUCGAACCUGGAUGUUACUUCAACCCCUAUUUGAUCGACAAAUGGUGCUCGCAUCCUGUUCACUCCAAGAUGGUCAAUGAGACAGUGUUGAGAUCGUUGAUCCCGGUGGGUGGAAUCCGCAUCGAAGAUGAUGUGCUUAUCACUCGGGAUGGAUGCAGGGUUUUGAAUGAUAUACCUCGCAGCGUGGAGGACAUCGAAGCAUUUAUGCAGGGGAAGAUCGAGUGGGUCCCCGGCAAGGGAAAGAGCGAAGUGGCUUAA